AUGUCCAGUUCUCCGUCAUCCAUCGCCCACACGCAGAGCCAUUCGUCGGAUGAGGAAUUCCGCACCAAAUCUAGCUUGGGUAUCUCAAGCUUGACGAGUUCGACCGGAUUCCCCGGUUACGCGUCUGAUCCCAGCCCCACCCAAAACAAUUUGUUCCAAGAUUAUUCUCUCACUGGUCUCAAUUCUCGUGAGUCUUACAGAGAUGGUGGCACGGUGCAUCGGUCUUCUCCCAAUAUGGUUCCCCGGGGUUUCGGGUCUGCUUCAUUUUCAAGUGGACUCGCAACUCCGAACAAGGACGUUGAAGAUAAUGUGACACUUUCUUCUGUUGAUUCCUCCGAUUCCAGGGGCUUGACCAAAGGAUUCGACCACUCGCCCUCCGCUUCAGUUGGGUGGCUCUUCGCUGAGCCCUCUAAACGUGACUCCUGGUUUGGUCGCCUCGAUAAAUCUCGUGUCUCACCUAGCGAGUCCCGUGGCACGAGCAGCUUGUCCGGAUCCGUUGAUCUCGCUCACGAGUCUGACCAACACCGUUCUUCCCUCCAUACCUUGAGUGGGCGAGAAUUCCUGCCUAAUAGUGUGAAUUUUGGGCUUACGCCUAGCGCCCGGCCUUCGUUACCCUCCCGCCCCUCCUCCAUCGCAUUUGAUUCCUUCAACGGGAUGAACCGCACCUCAUCCAUUGCAUCUAUAGCCACAGUGGAGGAUCCUGGCCCCGAAAUUUAUCGGACACCAUUAACAACACUCUUCAUCGUUCAUCGUUCAUCCUCCCCCAAUUGA